GCCGGGAAGCGCCAGCGAGGCGGCGGGGUGCUGUGACCGCUGUCGCUGCCCGCCCAUAUCCCGCCAUCCUGCCAUCCUCCUGCCGGCCCGUGUGCCCGCCAGCCCCGGCCCCGCUCGGCGCCGCAGGGCGCGUCCUGCGGGAGAACGGGAUGCGGGCCCCGCGGUGUCCCUGUGCCACAGGCAGCCAGGGAAACGGGGAGGAGGAACGGAGCGCUGGGGUGCGGACUGGCGGCAGCUGAGACGGGAAACGUGGCUAGAGGUAGCGGCCUGAGGAGAAGCCGGGCUGCAUACACGGGCAGGACGAAACGGGACACCAGUGUGCAACGCAGACCCAAGAAUCCAUCCCUGGUGCUGGGCCAUCCUGGGGGAAUGGGAGGAGCCCUUUCGGAGGACAAUAAACUCUGGAAUGAGGGUGUGGGCUGCUGCUCCUCGCUCCCCCCCUCAUUCCACAUGCAUGAUGAUACCAUAUCCCUCCAUUUCGCUGGCUUCUUGGGUUGUUUUUUUUUUUUUUUCUUUUUUUCCCUCUAUUCCCAGAAAUUGUAUUUUGAAGACAACCAAAAGGAGAACGUGUUCUGGGUGUGGCUGCAUGUGAUUUACCCAAUAGCCAAAGUGGGGGGGAGCCGAAGGGGAAAAACAGAGAGUCUGCUGCUGAAGGGAGUGGAAGCUGAGGGCUGCAGGAUGAAGACCUCUGGAACCUGUAUACUGUUUUGUGUCUUAACGCUCUUCUUGUCCCCAGCUGACUGGUUUCCAUGGAUGGUCAAUGGGCAAGAACUGGAAAGUGCAACUGGUGGAGUUACCCCUGACAGCAGCUCUGGUGCAGCUGCUACACCACCUGUGCUUCUUGCUCCUGUUCAGUCUGACAGUGAAACCACAACGUCUUCCUCAGACUGCCGUGAGGAAAAGUUCCCUUGCACGCGCCUCUACUCUGUUCACAAGCCAGUAAAGCAGUGUAUCAGCUACCUCUGUGUCACAAGUGUGCGUCGUAUGUACGUAAUAAACAAGGAGGUGUGCACUCGCAUUGUCUGCAAGGAGAACGAGGUCAUGCAAGAUGAGAUCUGUCGCCAGCUGGCUGGCCUUCCUCCUCGACGUCUCCGCCGCUCCGGGCAGCCCCUGCCUCUCCCUUGCAGACAACUCCUGGAGCAGCAGCGCAGGCCUGGUGCUCUGUGAGCUACCAACAUAGGAGAGGAAAAGGAAGAGAGAGAAGAGAAGUCAUCAUCCACUACCUACAGUCCAAGACAAGUGCUUCUUGUUUGCUAUUCCUCCAUUAUUUCCUUGCUUCUAUGCCACCUUUUACAUCUUCUUCUUCAGGUGCUGCAGGGCACAGAGUACCCUCUCUGCCAAUCUGUCAUGGUAGCUGUUGUCAUCUUUAUAAUCUGUUACUGAGGAUAGGGGACUCUCCCCUCUUUUCUCUCACACUCUGCCUGGCAGGCUGUGAGCUGCUCAUUUCCCAGAGGUCCUUAUAAAUGUGCUGCACCUUCUCUUGCUUUGCCCCUGGAGAGAGCCAGAAAUGGGGACAGGAUGAAGUCCUCCCCAAUGGUACAGAUGCCUUAAGCCGCAUCUCACCUCACCUUCAUGCCCUGGGACUCCUGCCCUAGAUUCCUUGCCUGGCAUCAGCAUGAGCUCAGAUGUGGUUGGUCAGCCUGAGCCUCUCUGAUUCUCCCAAGCCACCAAGUUUGUUGUGUGAUAGCACAUUCUCCUCCUUGUGUCUGCUGGCCUCAGGGAAGUGGUAGAAUUGGGAGAUGAGCUGUCCUGAACCCAAGGCACCCUUUCCUGGGUGGCAACAGGUAAUUUAUAACUACCUCUGGGAAGUUUUUGUCUCAAGCCCAUUGCCUCCCUCACACACAUUUCCUACCAAAAGGAAAAAAGUCUGGAUUUAGUAUGGCAUUAUAUUUUUCUCAAAAAGAUUAUGUUGGAUCAGAGUGCUGCCUCUCCUCCUCUCCUCUCCUCUCCCCUCCUCUCCUCUCCUCUCCCCUCCUCUCCUCUCCUCUCCCCUCCUCUCCUCUCCUCUCCCCUCCUCUCCUCUCCUCUCCCCUCCUCUCCUCUCCUCUCCCCUCCUCUCCUCUCCUCUCCUCUCCUCUCCGUUCUUGUUCCUCCCUUCCCACUGAAGACAUCUCUUGAUGCCCAUUCCAGGCAAAUUUCAGGGAGCAGUAAUUACAGCUGCCUCCACUCCUAAGCCCAAGAAAGCCCAUGAAGAACCUGUAUGACCUGACAUUACUGAGAACUUGCAAUGAAUUAUCUUGUCUUGGUGUCUUGGUCUGGCUACCUCCACACUCUCCAGUUGCUGUGCCUGCUUUCAAUCUCCAGUUGAGUUCCUACCUCCUGACCUGGAAGCUCCUGCACAAAGCAGGAAGAAGUUGCAAAUUGGAAUCAGAUGUGGGAGCACAAUCAUUAUCUGGGAUUGCUGUUUACCUGGGACCUGGGAUUUUCCUGCAGAAUCUCUGACUGUGCUGACCUGCACAGAGCCAGGUGCUGAUGGGGAAGGUAAACCUAUCUGCAGGUAUAAGUGCUUGUACAGGCCAGCCUGGGCAGAAGAAUUCACUGUGGCAGCACUGGAUGCCUGGUCUGCUCAAGGACUUUGUUUUCUAGGUAUAUGGAGAACAUUUCCAGGUAUAUGGGCAGUUUUUGUGAUGAGACCAGGUAGGGUAAGUGGGGAAGAGUAGUCUGAAUUGUAUUAAUCACUCCAUGUGACUCUUAGUGGCACAAUUCUGUGGGGCACCAGAGGAUUAGCAAGACAAAGGACCUCUCUGUUAUUCCCAAGUAACUGAAGGCCAGUUUGCUAGAUUUGGCAUUCACUCCCCUCACAUUGUCUGCUGAACCCUUCAGUCUUGCAGGAGCACUGCCCUGUUGCACAGAGCCAGGCUCACAUAGUAUUGGGGACAGUUUGCUGCACAGAGGCAGAUGUCCCAGAAAAAGAGCAGAAGCAAUUAGUGUAGGAACAUCUCACCAGGACCUGCAUUUCUGCUGUAUGCAGCAAGAAGCUGGUCGCAUCCUCUGUGUGGGGGAUAUAACCCUGUGCAGACAGAUUCCAUAUAAGGUCAAAAUUAGCCCUAGAUGUGCUAAAUCUCUCUAUAUUUAUCCAGUGUACAGGAGAAAGAAUUCCAAAUCAUGCAAUGACUAGAAUUUUAUCCCACAUACAGGAGCACUGCACUGCUACUCAGAGGAUGAUGCUCCUCUGGAGUACUCCAGGCUCAUGAGACUAGGAAUGAAGGAGGGAUUUCUUUGUACUGAGAGGGUGCACAUUUCUGUGGAGAGGAGGGUACUGAGAGCUUGAGCUCAAAAACAUUCAAGCCACUGGCCACCACUGGCUUCCAUGCCACAGGGAUACCUGUGAAAAUUGCCUGUGUGGAGGAAGGUAGGAUGGAGAUGGAUCUUGGAAAUUGGACUGGGUCAAGUCUGCUCUCUGUAUUUAGAGGUGAAUAUUCAUCACUAUAGAUACAUAACUGGGUAACAUAGCUACUGUACAACAUAUAGGAAUAUAACUUUCAUACAGGUUGGGAAGUGGUUAGAAACCUUUCUGUUGCUUGCUUUCAGCAGGGACAGGAAGAGGUGCUCCUGUCCAGGAGAACACUGUUUUAAUGCUAAAGUUUAUAUAGUCCAUAUUAAAAAAAAAAAAUAUUUCCUGUUAUUCUUGGCAACUCUCAUGUGUUUGGGUUUAUUUGUCCCUUGCUGUAUUUCCUCCAGAUUUGUGGGGAGACUUGAUUCCAGAUCAAAUCUAUCAUCUGGAACAUUUUACUCCCUACUAGCCUAGUCCUCUGCUGUCACCCUCCUCUCACUCAUGAAUCACAGGUCUUCCUGGGAACUCUUUUUUUUUUUUUUUUUCCUAGAGAAACAUAACAUUUUCUCCAGUACUUUUUACCAUGGAUACCUGUGCUAGAUUUUCCUGACAAUUGUUAGCUGCUGAACACAGAGAUAAAUCCUCCCAGCCCGUGAAAUCUGGGCAGAGGACACAUCUUUUUCUGUGCACAUUCCACGACUUUAAUUAACAUCUCCAAAUAAAAUGGCAAGAUGACUGAAAUAA